AUGGGCGACAAGUACGCUAGUCUGCGAAGGGCCCAGCUGCAUCUGGAUUUCAUCCACGCCAACUCCACCACUCACAGCUUCCUUUUUGGGGCUCUGGCUGAACUGCUAGACAAUGCGAGAGAUGCAGGGGCUGCAAGACUUGAUGUGUUUUCAGUGGAUAAUGAAAAACUGCAGGGUGGAUUCAUGUUGUGCUUCCUGGAUGAUGGAUGUGGUAUGAGUCCUGAGGAAUCUUCAGAUAUUAUUUACUUUGGAACAUCCAAGAAACGGUUAUCGACCCUGAAGUUCAUUGGGCAAUAUGGCAAUGGUCUUAAAAGUGGAUCCAUGAGGAUUGGAAAAGACUUUAUUCUUUUUACAAAGAAGGAAGAAACGAUGACCUGUGUGUUUUUUUCUCAGACAUUCUGUGAAAGAGAGGGUCUGAGUGAGGUUGUGGUUCCAAUACCUUCAUGGUUAACAAGAACCAGAGAAUCUGUCACAGAUGAUCCUCAGAAAUUCUCAAUGGAAUUGUCUAUAAUUUAUAAGUAUUCUCCGUUUAAAACCGAAGCUGAAUUGAUGAAGCAAUUUGAUGUGAUCUAUGGGAAAUGUGGUACUUUGCUGGUUAUUUAUAACUUGAAGCUUCUGCUUAGUGGAGAACCGGAGUUGGAUGUUAAAACUGACAAGGAAGAUAUACUGAUAGCUGGAGCUCUCGAGGAUUUUCCGGAGAGAUGGUCAUUCAGAGCCUACACAUCUGUUCUGUAUUUUGAACCCUGGAUGAGAAUAUUUAUUCAGGCCAAACGAGUUAAUACAAAACACCUAUGUUAUUGCCUCUACAGACCCAGAAAGUAUCUGUAUGUUACAUCUUCUUUUAAGGGAGCAUUUAAAAAUGAAGUUAAAAAGGCAGAAGAAGCGGUAAAGAUUGCUGAGCUCGCACUGAAAGAAGCACAAAUCGAAGUAAACCAGUCUGACAGAAUUGCUUUGUCUUCUCCCGCCAAGGAUGUGUUAAAGAAAGCUUUGGAAGAUGUAGAAGUGAAGCAUAAUAUUCUUAAAGAGAAACGGAGAGAAUUUAAAAAAGUGAGGACACUCUCCUUGUUCUUUGGAGUGAACAUAGAAAACCGAAGCCAAGCUGGGGUGUUCAUUUACAGUAAUAACCGCCUGAUCAAAAUGCAUGAGAAGGUGGGCCCACAACUGAAACUGAAGUCCUUACUUGGUGCAGGUGUGGUUGGAAUUGUUAAUAUACCCUUGGAAAUCAUGGAACCAUCCCAUAAUAAGCAGGAAUUUCUCAAUGUCCAGGAGUAUAAUCAUCUACUAAAAGUCAUGGGACAGUACUUGGUCCAGUACUGUAAGGACACUGGCAUCAGUAAUAGAAACCUAACAUUGUUUUGGAAUGAAUUUGGAUGCCAGAAUAACAAGGACAUGGAGAAAUCUUUAGAUUCUAUUCAGUAUCAAAGAAGACAAGCCAUGGCCAUCCCAUUCAUCAUUCAGUGUGAUCUUUGCCUUAAAUGGAGAGUCUUGCCUUCCUCUACAAAUUAUCAGGAAAAAGAAUUUUUUGACAUCUGGAUUUGCGCUAAUAAUCCUAACCUCUUGGAAAACAGCUGUCAUCAGACAGAACGUCUACCUUCCAUCCCCUUGGGCACGAUGAGCACAGUAUCACCAUCAAAAAGUGAGAAAGAGAAGCAACUUCGAGAGUCGAUCCAAAGGUAUCAGAAUCGACUGGCAGAACAGCAGCCCCGGCUUCAGUUCAUGCCAACAAGUAGGAUCCCUGAGGUCACUACCACCUGCCAAACUUCAGCAUGUAAGGAGAAGGCGAAAACUCAGAAAAUCAGGCCUUCGGGCGAUGACUUGAAGCAUGAGUCUCUUGCAUCCUUUGAGCUUUCAGUCAGCCGUGGGGGCUGGAAAAGAAGCACAGAAGAGACAGACUCUGAUAUAGAGUACAUCUCAGAGACUAAAAUGGUGAGGAGGUCUACACAGAAGACAGGGUACCCUCAACAGCAGAGAUGUCCAGCAGCCCUGCCAGCAAGUGUCAAACUAGCUGAGAGAUCCCAGGUGGCACAUCAGCACAGUGUGUGGGAAGCUCUGCCAACUGAAGGGCCCCCAAAGAACGCCUGGGCCUCUUCUUGGGAGGUGAGAAGGAAGCAGAGCCCAUACCUUGUGCAGGAAUGUGAGGCUUUGAUGGAAGUUGAAACCAGCAACAGCGAUCCAGAUAUAAUCCUGGUUUUAGAUAAAAGUGACACUGAUGUUUCAUUGAAACAAGAAAAAGAGGAAAUUUCUCUUAUGAAAAAAGAAAAAGAGGAGCUGUGCAGUGAUACUCCAGAAAGAAAGAGAAACUCUUCAUUACCUAACUGGGAAAGUGUGCUCAUGGAAGAUUUAAAUCCACGCUCUGGAUGCAAAGCCAGAAUUUCUGGGAGCGGUGCUUGUAAAGUUGCUUCUUCACAGGCAGUGUCUUCUCAAAGCACGUCUGUCAAGGAAACAGUGAGAAAACUGAUGUCUAAAUUAAGGGAGAUUCUUCUGUACUUUAUUCCUGAGUAUCAGCUACCAUCAGAAUUCAGCUACACAUCCGUGGAGGAACUUCUAGCAAGUUCUGAGCUGGAGCAGUGCCCAGAACAGACAAACAAAAAGCUGAAAAUAUGUUUCAACCAGAUCCAGAAUGUUUACAUGGUCCAAUAUGAAAAAAAACUAAAGAGAAAAAUGCACUCCAUUAUCUAUGAUGCAAAUAGAAGAGGAGUGGUUAAUGAAAUAUCUCUGGGACAAUGUGAAGAAAAAAGAAAAAUUGCUGAAGAUAAACUGAAUAAUCUUCGUGUGAAACUGGCAGUAUUGUUGCAGAAACUUCACCUGGGGCGUCCAGCAGGAGGCCUGGAGCAGACUGACAGUUAUUUAGAAGCUUUGCUUAAAGAAGAUAAUCUCCUUUUUCAGAAUACUUUAAAUAAAGAGACUACAGAUGCAAGACAUAGUCUCCCUUUAGAGAAAAAAUGA